AUGGCAAGCGUAAACAAACCAACGGACAUCAAGCAGAAGGAAGCCGACGUCAACCGAAAGCUUCAGAUAUACGGCAUCAUCAACGCAUUCCAGAUUGGCAAAGUACCAUCUAAUGAACAAAUAGAUAUCGCCCUGAACAGCUUCCUCGAGUCUAGGCCGUUAGCAAGCCCCUCAAAGAGACUUUCACCAGAAGGACAAGAACUUGUCGCAGAAUUGAAGGAUGUUGUGACUCAAGCUAAGAAGCUGCUACUAUCCAAGAAUGAGGGAAAUCUACUACAGGAUUUCAUCUGGCAGACCCAGCAGUUUGACCCCAAUGCCGUGAGCGUACCCAAUGCUCCCAUCGACAAGAAUACGGCGAAACAACAUGGAGACAAGGUUCUUGAGGGGUUUCGGACUCUAGGAACAUUGAUUAUCACCAAUGGCCAGUUCCGCAAGCUCCUUAAUGAUGCUACCAUACUACUACGCGACAUUGCUGGCGAUGCCGCUACUAAUGCUGCGAACAAGGUGCGGCCUGCCGGCGAGGACCUCUCUCAGAUCGAUCGACCUGCUGCGGACAACGUCUGGCAUGAUGCUCCUAAUUUCUCCAGGGAAAAUGUGAGGUCUCAGUUCCAGAAUAUUUACAAGAGCGACCCAACACAGGAUGCCAGGGGCGUCGCGAACGCCGGAGCUGGAGCUGUUCGACAGCCGGACGGGUCGGCAGGUGAUCGUAUCAAUGCCGCACAAAAUGCGACAAGCAGGGCUGCAGAGCAAACCAAGUCUAACAUCGAUCCGGAGACCCGCGAAUCUACGAAGCUGACAGCUCAAGAGUAUCGUGCUCGCGCUAGACAGUAUCUGUCGAAGAAGAUGCCCGAAGAGCGUCGUGAUCAGACCAUCUGGCGUCUGAAGAAAUUGGUCAUCGAAUGCCAACAACACCCUGACUACCAGCAAGCCAUUUCUACGCUGCUAGAUUUGGCUGAGCAGUAUGGCACCCAUGGCAGGAGCCUUGCUACCGGAGGUACCGGUACUGUCAAGAACGCGCGAACUCACCUGGCUGCUGCUGAAGCCGACUUGAAGACCUUAAUUGAGAGAUUCGCCAACGGAACGUCUACUGAUGAUCUCUGGUCUUCUAUCAACACUAUCUAUGGGGAUGCUGAUAGGGAUCCCGAACUCAAAAAUUGGUUCAAGUCUAUGGACGCUUACAUCCGCAAGUGUCUCCAGCAGCAAGGUUACAUUAUGGAAGAUGCUUCUAACGAGGAGUGGCGCCGUCUCCAUGAUCACGGGAACUAUCUCCUCCGCGAGAAGUACAAGACUCACACUGAUCGCAUUGUUGACGAGAUCAAGUUUUUGGCGGAUCAGUUCGAUCAGGACUAUCAGAACAAGGCCUUCGCGGCUUCGGUACAAAAGUUUUUCAACAACCUUGGCAACGAUGAGAAUGGCAAGCCAACUUUCAAGCCUCACUUGAUCAAAGACCUGACCGAUGUUAUCAUCCCGGCUGCCUUUGAGAGAAUUGCAUACAUUCCCAUUCCUCGGAUUGAGUAUUCCGAUAGUGAGAUCGAUGCUGUCGUGGAGAAUCUCGUUCUGGAGAGUGACAACUUCAUGCCUAACGUCCUCGAAGUCGCUAGCGACAACUACUUCCGCUGGGGUCGCAAGAAGAUUGCGAGCACAAACAAAAACUCGAUCGACGUUAAAGUCACUGGCAUCCAGAUGGAUCUGCGCGAUGUCAGCUUCUACGUUAAGCGCAAGCAAGGCUUCCCCUCAAUUACCGACACUGGCGUUGCCAACAUCAAAAUGGGUGGCGAUGGGUUCUGCUUCCGCUUGAAAUUGUCUACUGCAGAUGAUAAGGACAGUCAACACUUCUUGAAGCUCGACAAGGUUGAUGUCGAUGUUAAGAACCUUCAGAUCAAGCUUGUCAAGUCCAGCCACAAGAUCCUCUUCGGUCUUUUCAAGCCCAUAAUGCUUAAGGUCCUCCGCCCAGUGAUCCAGAAGACCGCCGAGAAGCAGCUCAAAGAUCAGUUCAACAAAUUUGAUCAGCUGCUAUAUCAGGUCAAGCAGGAAGCAGAUCGUGCGGUCGACGAGGCUCGCUCCGACCCCGAAAACGCUCCGAACAUCUAUAACCGAUACGUCAAUGCCGUUCAGAAGCAAUUCUUCCAAGGUAAAAAGAAGGCAGAGGCCAUUGCGGCCGACAAGAAGGUCAACAUGGCUGUCACUCAAGAGGAUAGUAUUUUCCCCAACAUUCAUCUACCCGGCGGUAUCAGCUCUAAAGCCACCGAGUAUAAGGAGCUGGCCCGAAAGGGUGAGCUUUGGGAGAGUCCCGUAUUCUCCAUAGGCGCAGCCUCCAAGAGUACCAACCUUCCCGGUGCUCCUCAAGUUACCCGCAAGCCGCACGCUGCCAGUGGCAAUGCCACAAACGGAAAUCAUACCAAUGGAAACUAUACUAACGGUAACCACGCCAACGGUAACCACACAAAUGGAAGAACUAUAGACGGAAAGUACUCUAAUCCCGUUACUGGGCCCAUCUCCACCACCGGCCCCGUGAGCACUACUGCUCCUGCCGUAAGUGGCAACACUAUUACGAUCUAG